AUGCUUCACAGAUAUCUCAAUUGGGUUGGAUACAACACUAAAUCUUUCAAUGCCGGAGACUAUAGAAGAAAGUGUGGACACUCUGGAGAAGGAGCUUCUUUUUUUGACCCUCAAAACACUGCUGGCGCCCAGUUAAGAAACAGAUUCGCCGUGUUUGCUUUGGAUGGUAAGGAUCCUGUAGAAAUUGGCGAUCUAGACUUGAUGGCUUUUCUAAUGGAGGGCGGUGACGUCGGCAUCUUCGAUGCCACGAACACAACACGUGAAAGACGGCAGCAGAUUUUGGAACGUUGUUGGCACGCUGAAUUCGACGUUUUAUUCAUCGAAAGCAUCUGUGACGACCCGGUUCUCCUCAAAAAGAACUACGAUAUGAAACUCUCCAACUCGGGUAAUUGCCAUGAGCCUAUCUCCCUCUCAGACUACUCGCAAAUGGAUCCAGAGGAAGCUCGUCGCGACUUCCAAGACCGUCUGAAGCAGUACGAGUCGAUCUACGAGCCAGUGGACGAAGAGCUGGACAAAGACAUUCCCUACAUCAAGCUUUACAAUGUCGGUCAGCAUCUCAAAGCCAAUCGCUGCAACGGCGUUUUAGAGUCCGAUGUGAUCUUCUAUCUGCUCAAUGCGCACAUCCAGCCGCGCAAGAUCUGGCUCUGCAUUCACGGCGAGACGGACAAUGAUCGCAAGGGGAUUCUGGGUGGCGAUCCGGAAUUGAACGAAAACGGCAUUCUCUUCAGUAAAGACCUGCAUGAGUUCAUUAGCUCGCAAGGCGAUGUGAGGGUGAAAUCGGAGGAAUGA